AGCAGAAGUGGCAACAUCAGCCGCUUUGGUCCGGUUCUAAUCAGUUCUUAUGGUACGUAACUCUUCACGCUACCAGGAAAACGUCCUUGGCCGAAUCCUGGAAGAUUCUGCAACAACUUGAACACUUUUUUUAAAAAGUGACAAAAACGAGAACAGACAGUGACUUACUCAAAGAUUUCCACUUCAGACAAACAAACUGAAGGUAUAUAAAGUCUGUGUUUCCAUCUCUGAGACAUCCUGUGAGCAGAAACUGCUGCUGGAACAGACUCUUCAACUAAUCAUCAAAACAAGAUGGCUGCAGGUCUUGUCUUCACUCUGCUUCUUGGUCUGAGCUUUGGACUCUGGGAUGGAGCUGAUGCCGGAUGUCACCUGAGAGCUCCCACAGAACAUGACUGCACUGCAGGGUGGAGUUGGUUCCAGCGUCGCUGUUUCAUGUUUGUGCCUAAUCCUAUGUCUUGGGCUACAGCAGAGAAACAUUGCAUCUUUUUGAAUUCACAUCUGGCCUCAUACCACAGUACAGAGGAGUACACCUUCAUCAGAGACCUUAUCCACAAAACAAGUGGAGCACACACACCAUCUUGGGUUGGAGCUCAUGAUUCAGCAGAGGAAGGCACCUGGAUGUGGAGCGAUGGUUCCAAAUUUAUCUUUACCAACUGGGCAACCGGUGCACCAAAGAACAAUGGUGGACUCGAACACUGCAUGAAGAUCAAUGUAGCAGAACAAGAACAUGUGAAUGAUGAGAACUGUGCCAACAAGCUUCCCUUCGUCUGUGUUAGUCCCGUCUAACUUUUCUCUUCUUGUGCCUUUUAAUCUGAAAUGCCCAUAUGGCUUUCCUGCUGAUGAUGUCACUUCCACCUGGAUGUCAAGCCUCGAUGACAUCACUGCUGGAAGAACCUGAUUUCACUUUAUUUGAUCACUUAAAUAAAUGUUUUCUUUCUCUGAAA